GUCCUUCAAUCCAGCGAGCCCAUUCGCGCGCGCGGAUGGGAGGGAAUGCCCCCAUCGUCUCCCUCUGCUCCCCUCCUCUCCCUCCAACCCUUCGAUGUCCACAAACUCGCCAACCGCUUCGCCACCCACCUCCAACUCCUCGCCGCGGCGCUCCCCAAAGCCGCCGCCGUCGACGCCAUCCACCCCCUCCUCCUCCGCCUCCGCGCCUUCCACGCCCACAUCCUCGCCUUCGGUUUCAAGCCCCGCGCCCACAUCCUCAACCGCCUCGUGGACAUCUACGCCAAGGCUGGCGACCUCCCCUCCGCCCGCCACCUCUUCGACGCCGCCCCUGCCGAGGCCGCUGCAGCCACCUCCCUCGUCAACGCCUACGCCGCCGCCGGCUGCCUCCCCCUCGCUCGCCGCCUCUUCGACUGCAUCCCUCUCCCUGCCCGGGAUACUGUCUUCUACAACGCCAUGAUCUCCAGCUAUGCCCGCGCCGGCGACGGCCUGCCGGCCCUCGCCAUCUUCCGCGACAUGCUGCGGGAUGACUUCCGGCCGGACGACUACACCUUCACCGGAGUUCUCAGCGCCGCAGCCGCCAUCAUUGGUCUUGAACUCGAUCAUUGCUGGCAGCUCCAUUGCACCGUGGUGAAGUCCGGCACGGAGCACGUCAUCCCUGUUUCAAAUGCCUUAAUUGCUCUAUACUUCAGGUGUGAUUCCCCUGUGACAGCGGUAAUUGCGAGGGAGGUGUUUGAUAGAAUGGUCGAGAGAGAUGAGCUCACUUGGACCACAACGGUUGUCGGGUAUGUCAGGCAAGGUGAUAUAAAUGAAGCUCGCCAAGUUUUUGACAAGAUGGAAGGAAGGUUUGAUGUGGUUUGGAAUGCAAUGAUUUCGGGAUAUGUGCAUUGUGGGCUUUUUUUAGAAGCAUUGAACAUGUUUAGAAGGAUGAAUUCAAUUGGUAUCCCACUUGAUGAGUUCACUUACACAAGUGUGCUCAGUGCUUGUGUAAAUGCCGGGCUUUUCAAUCAUGGAAAAGCUGUUCAUGCCCACAUCAUUCGUUCAGGACCUGACUUCAAUCCUGAAUCGGCAUUGCCAGUCGAGAAUGUUUUAGUCACCCUAUACUCGAAGUUUGGAAAGAUCAAUGCUGCAAAAAGAAUUUUUGAUGAUAUUAAAGGAAAAGAUCCCGUUUCAUGGAAUGCCAUCUUGACAGGAUAUCUGAAUUGUGGUCGCAUUGAUGUUGCACUUGCAAUUUUUCAGGCUAUGCCUCAUAAGAAUGAGUUGGCAUGGAUGGUGAUGAUCUCGGGGUUUGUACACAAUGGGCUUGCUGAGGAGGGUCUGAAGUUGUUCAGUCAAAUGAGGGCUGCGGGCACCAAGCCUUGUGAUUAUACGUAUGCAAGCACAGUUGCUGCAUGUGGUGAUAUUGGAGCAUUGGAGCAUGGGCGGCAGCUUCAUGCACAGCUCAUGCAGUUUGGCUAUGAAUCAAGCAACUCGGCCGGAAAUGCUCUUUUGACGAUGUAUGCAAAGUGUGGAGCUCUGGAGGAAGCACACCUCAUGUUCCUUCUGAUGCCCAAUGUGGACGCUGUAUCUUGGAAUGCAAUGGUUGCGGCCCUUGGGCAUCAUGGACAUGGGAGAGAGGCAAUUGAGCUUUUCGACCGCAUGAUUGGGGAGGGUAUAUUUCCCGAUCGCAUCUCUUUCCUAUCAGUCCUGUCGGCCUGCAAUCAUGCGGGCUUGGUAGAUGAAGGCUUUCGAUACUUUGAAUCCAUGAAACGCGAUUAUGGUAUUAGCCCAGGGGAAGAUCAUUAUGCCCGGUUGAUAGAUUUACUAGGCAGGGCUGGGCGUAUUGGAGAAGCUAGGGAUGUAGUUGAAUCAAUGCCCUUUGAGGCAGGCCCAUGUAUUUGGGAGGUUGUUCUAUCAGGCUGCAGAAUGCAUGGGGACAUGGAUCUUGGAAUUUAUGCAGCGGAGCAGCUCUUUAAGAUGAUACCACAGCAUGAUGGAACAUAUGUCCUUUUAUCCAACAUCUAUGCUGCUGUUGGGCGGUGGGAUGAUGUCUUGAGGGUUAGGAAAUUGAUGAAAGAUCGCGGGGUGAAGAAGGAGCCUGGAUGCAGCUGGAUUGAAGUUGCAAAUAAGGUUCAUGUGUUCCUUGUCAAUGAUGCAAGACACCCUGAGGUGGAGGAAGUAUACAGAUUCCUCGAGAUACUUGGAGUCAAGAUGAGGAAGCUGGGAUAUGUCCCUGAUACCAAGUUUGUUCUGCAGGAUGUUGAUCCUGACAAAAAGGAGUAUGCAUUAUCUACUCACAGUGAGAAGUUAGCUGUUGGAUACGGGCUUAUGAAAUUGCCUGCUGGGGCCACAGUUAGAGUUCUUAAGAACUUGAGAAUCUGUGGGGAUUGCCAUGCUGCGAUCAUGUUCAUGUCAAAGGCAGCUGAUAGAGAGAUAAUUGUCAGAGAUGUUAAGCGGUUUCAUCAUUUUAAAAAUGGAGAGUGUUCUUGUGGGAAUUAUUGGUAAAAACCACUUAAUACCAAGUUUGUUCUGCAUGAUGUUGAUCCUGAGAAAAAGGAAUAUGCAUUAGCUACUCCCAGUGAGAAGUUAGCUCUUGGAUUUGGGCUUAUGAAAUUGCCUCCUGGGGCAACAGUUAGAGUUCUUGAGAAGUUGAGAAUUUGUGGGGAUCGCCAUAUUGCAAUCAUGUUCAUGUCAAAGGCAGCUGGAUUGAGUGAUAAUUGUCAGAGGUGUUAAGCAGUUUCACCAUUUUAAGAAUGGGGAGUGCUUUUGUGGAAAUUAUUGGUGAAAACUGGUUUCAUUGCUCCGAGUGGCAUGUGCUCUGGAUUAUAUGUUUAAUUUCUAAAACUCAAAAUUUCAUCUGAAAAUCUAUUAUUUAUCGGUUCGGACUA